AUGGAGCUGAAGCGGAGCAUGGCGAUCCCGCGGCUCCUCUUGCUGGGACUGUGGGCUGCGGCGCUCCGGGACAUCGCCGCCGUGGCAGGUAUGAAAUUUACAGGAUCUCCAAUCAAAUUAAAGGUGUCCCAGGGUCAACCCGUCAAACUAAAUUGCAGCCUCGAGGGAAUGGAAGAUCCCGAGAUGUUGUGGAUCAAGGACGGAGCAGUGGUGCAAAGCGUAGACCAGGUGUACAUUCCAGUAGAUGAAGAACACUGGAUCGGCUUCCUCAGCUUGAAAUCCGUCGAGCGGACAGAUUCUGGGAAGUACUGGUGCCAGGUUGAGAACGGGGGGAAGAAGGAAGAAUCACAGCAAGUGUGGCUCAUAGUGGAAGGUGUGCCCUACUUUACUGUGGAACCUGAGGAUGUGUCCGUGUCCCCUAAUGUCCCAUUUCAUAUGGCCUGUGCUGCUGUUGGUCCCCCUGAACCAGUGACAAUUGUCUGGUGGAUGGGAGACUCUAGAGUGGGGCUUCCAGACAUCUCCCCCUCCAUCUUAAAUGUGUCAGGUAUUAAUCAAAGCACAGUUUUCUCCUGCGAAGCUCACAACGUAAAGGGAUUGUCUUCAUCUCGGACAGCCACUGUUCAAAUUAAAGCCAUGCCUCUCCCGCCUCUCAAUGUAACUGUAAGCCAAGUCACCAGCAGCAAUGCCAGUGUGGUCUGGGUGCCAGGAUUUGAUGGCCGCGCACCCCUCCAUUCUUGCACUCUUCAGGUAGCUGAGUCACCAGACGGCCAGGAGGUCUCCACUGAAGUCACCCCAGUGCCACCCUUCGCCUAUGGCGUGCAAGGCCUGAAGCAUUCCACCAACUACAGUGUUCGUGUGCAGUGCAGCAAUGAGAUGGGCAGCUCCCCUUUCACCGACAGAGUUUAUUUCCAGACCCUGGAGCUUGCUCCAAGCAGCACCCCACAAAAUAUCCACGUUAUCCAAAGAGAUCCUGGUCUGAUUUUGGAGUGGGAAGAUGUGGCUCCAGAUGUGCUGAAAGAAAAUGUCCUGGGAUACAGGCUGGAGUGGAUUCAGGAUAAUGUAACUCAGGGGGAGAUGAUCGUACAGGAUACAAAAGCUAAUCUCACAACAUGGAAUCCUCUCAAAGACCUGAUCAUCAGGGUGUGUGUGCUGAACUCUGCAGGAUGCGGGCCCUGGAGUGACCUCUUCCUGCUUGAAGCCCAAGAGGUCAUGGGUGGCCAGAGACAACCACCUUAUGGGACAUCCUGGGUUCCGGUGGCAUUGGGCAUUCUCACGGCUCUGGUCACGGCUGUUGCCCUGGCUCUUAUUCUCCUUCGAAAAAGAAGAAAGGAAACUCGGUUUGGCCAUGCCUUUGGCAGUGUGGUUGGCAGAGGGGAUCCAGCAGUCCAUUUCAGAGCUGCCAGGUCUUUCAACAGGGAGGGCCCAGAGCUCAUUGAAGCAACGUUGGAGAGUGUAGGGAUCAGUGAUGAGCUGAAGACGAAACUCAAAGAUGUCCUAAUCCAGGAACAGCAAUUCACCUUGGGAAGAAUGUUGGGCAAAGGGGAGUUUGGGUCAGUUCGAGAGGCACUACUGAAGCUAGAUGAUGGCUCCUUCCAGAAAGUGGCAGUGAAGAUGCUGAAAGCCGACAUCUUCACCUCGACUGACAUUGAGGAGUUCUUGCGAGAAGCUGCAUGUAUGAAGGAGUUUGACCACCCACAUGUCACUAAACUGAUUGGAGUCAGUCUACGGAGCCGUCCCAAGGGCCGUCUCCCAAUUCCCAUGGUGAUCCUACCCUUCAUGAAGCAUGGAGACCUUCAUGCUUUUCUGCUGAUGUCACGGAUUGGGGAAAACCCUUUUAACUUGCCCGUUCAGACACUCCUCAAGUUCAUGAUUGACAUUGCCAGUGGGAUGGAGUACUUGAGCUCAAAAAAUUUCAUACACAGGGACCUUGCAGCUCGGAACUGCAUGUUGGAUGAGAACAUGAACGUGAGUGUUGCAGACUUUGGGCUCUCUAAGAAAAUCUACAGUGGAGACUACUACCGUCAGGGCUGUGCUUCCAAGCUGCCAGUGAAGUGGCUUGCUCUGGAAAGUCUGGCAGAUAAUCUGUACACAACACACAGUGAUGUGUGGGCAUUUGGGGUGACCAUGUGGGAGAUUGUGACCCGAGGGCAAACCCCUUAUGCUGGCAUUGAGAAUGCAGAAAUCUACAACUACCUCAUCAGCGGGAACAGGCUGAAGCAGCCGCCGGAGUGCCUGGAAGAUGUCUACGAUCUCAUGUGCAGAUGUUGGCAUCCUGAGCCCAAGCUACGCCCCAGCUUUGGAGUGCUCCGGUCCCAGCUGGAAAUGAUUCGUGGGAGGAUGUCUACGCUCUCUUCCAGUCAAGAUCCUCUCUAUGUCAACAUUGGGAAGGACAAAGAGGUGUCUGCGAGUGACCCUGCCCUGCACGCCUCCUUUGGAAACACGGACGGUGAAGAGACUGUUGCUGGGGCAGCUGCUGCUGUCACAAGUGACUAUCGCUACAUCAUGAGCCCCUUGUGCCUUGGAGAUGAUGCCGAGGGUGAAAGGCAUCCAGAUGGGCAGGACGGGGAGGACAAAAGCCUUCUGUAUGAGCUGGAGACAGAAGGAGAGAAAAGUUGUUAGCCUGUACAUAGCAGUGACACUCGGCUUCCCUGGGACGGGAUGUGUGCAGCCACGGUGCCAUGUCACCUGGGGCUCUGAUGCCAGAUCUGGAACGGCUUUGAACAGCACUGGCCAGAGCUCUGGGGCAGCUUUUGUAGCUUUCACCACCUGUGUGGGCUGCAGUGGCGGAUGGCUUGGAAGGACCGCAACCCCAACAACCCCUUGGAUUUGGGGGAGGGGGGCAGUAGGGUUACAGGUUGAUCGCAUCCCGCUGAAAGGAGUUCAAAGCUAAGGUGGGCAGUCAGAGUCUAUGCUCUGCUCCUUCUCACUGACUGCUGGAGCAGAGCUGAAUACACCUUCUGUUCAGUCAGUGCUCGCUCUUGUGUAGAUGUUGUCUUCGAUCCUGGCUGCAUGACUUCGGGACUGGUACCUCUGAAAACACUAGUGGGUAUUUACACUGUCAUUCAGGACAAGAGGGGAAAAUUCCCCUUGUGUUCACUCAGCAGUACCGCCUAGACUUGUUGCCUACCUCAGUGGUUCUCAAACUGAUCUGCGGAUCUGCUUCUACCCAGCGCUGAAUUUGAACAUCUGGCUUAUUUCAUGCAGUGACACUUGCUGCUUCCUCAGUCUGGGGCUCUUUUAAGAGUUUCAGACGUUUCGGUGAGCAAUGAAAUUAGAAAAAAUGAAAAUCCAGCUUCCCUCUUCACCCCACGUACCUCUUUUAUGUCUUUCUUCUGUUUGAUGCUAGUUCAGGCCUGACCAGACUUGCAGCUGGCAUUAAAAUGUGAAGGGAGGGACGGCAGCUGGUAUGCGUGAGGACAGAAUCCAACUUCAAAGGGAUGGAAAGGAAACAGUGUGGAGAGGACUUAACAGCAGUAUGGGGAAACAGUGCUAAUUAAUGCUAAGUGUUGCCCUCCAGGAGAGGAAGGAGACAGCUUAGAUACAGGAUGGCAGACUAGCUUCAGUUCCAGUGGGAGCA